GGGCAGUGCUGCGCUGCUGGUGCUGCCGUACCGGGGGCCGGAUGCGGGGCUGGGCGGGGGGCAGGGCGGGGGGCAGGCGGCAGGGCCCGCCACCCCGCAGCCCGCACCCCCCACCGUCGCGGCCCUGCUGUACACCCCCUUCGCGGUGGUUCCUCCGGCGGUGGCGGAAGAGCUGUGCGGCCUCAUGCGAGACAUGGAGUGGGAGGCGGCCGCCGCAGCCCCGCCGGACACCGACCCGCGGGUCACCCGGGCUCGCGCCUUCACGCAGCACUUCUCCUCGCUCGUGUCGGACAUGGUGUCGCUGCUGCUGGGCUGCGAGAGGGCGGUGGCGAUGGCAGCGCAGAUUGGAACUGAGGAACAGGAGCAGGAACUGCUAAUGGGCGAGCUGCAGCAGCUGGGAGCGGGGCUAGUGGGCUAUCUGAGGAAGAUGGAGAUGAGGGCGACGCUGCAAUACGUGCUGAAUGAGGUUCAGGCUGCAGGUCUUAUUGUAAACCAAGAGCUACUGUUGGAGCCGGAAGACGAUGUCGCCGCCGGAGCUGCUGAACCACCGAGACCCCUUGACGACAACGCCGCUGACGGCGGUGGGGAUGCUUCAGUCGCAGAAGAGGGCAGUGCCGCUACAACCCGCAACGAAGCUGCUGCUGCGGCUGCAGGAGCCGCUGGCGACGAUGAGGGAGGAGGAGCCGUCCUGCGGAAGCGGCGGAAGCAGCAGCCGCAGCAAAAGCUGGGAGGUGAGGGAAGCAGCAGCAGCAGCACCUCGCCUACGGCCGCUGGAGACGAGGCGGCAGGCGGCGCUGCU